AUGCCUGGAUAUAGGCAGGCUUUAGACCUGCAAGCCCAUGGGCCUGGAGAGGGCAGCGAUGUCGAGCAUGACAUGCCUGCCGUAGUGCAGGAGCUUCUUCUUCUAUGGUCUCUGGGCGAGAUGUCUGCAGCUGCUGUCCAGCGACUGGCUCAUUCUCUGGUGUUGGACGGCCAGAGACAUGAAAAGAUCCUGGAAUUAGCAGCAUUGGGGGCCUUUGGGCAGCAGCCAGGCAAUGUGAGCAGGGACUUGCUUACCAGAUAUAGUGGAGAUAUCCGGGUAUGCAACAGCACCAAACUCCAGGUGCCGUGUUUAGACCCCAAGUCCAACCCCAAGUUGAGCAGAGAGGAAACAUCGUUGUUGCUGCCUCACGACCUUUUCGUCUCUUUAGCCGCCGAGUAUAAUGAUACGUUCCAAGCGAUCAUGGGGCUAGAUAAAAUACCCGAUUUUUGGAAGCAAGUUCGCCGUGACGAUUGGCAUUGGACUUCGGAGUACCGACAGGCCGAUUUCUCCAACCCUUACUGCAUACCGCUCUGGCUGCACGGAGAUGGUGUCGAGUACGCAGACAAAAGAAGUGCCAUGGUUCUCAGUUGGGGAAGUUUGACUUGCUUGGGCUUUGCCCCAACAGUGUCAGCCUUGUUCGCUUGUUGCUUUGCUAAGCAGGCCACAAACAAGGAUGAAGAUCCGGAUGGUGUGGAGGAUACAUUUUUGCCUCUGUGGCAACAGCUGAAGUGGUCUUUCGAGGCUCUCCUGCAAGGGGAUCACCCGUCCAGGGAUCACAACGGUGACCGUUUUCCUCCAGGGAGUUAUCGUGCCAAAAUGGCUGGGAAACCAUUGUUUCAGCCGGUGCCAGACGGACCCAAGUACAGAGCCUGCCUGUGGUCGAUCGUCGGCGACUACGAAUGGUUCAGUUUGGACUUGAAACUGCCACACUGGAAUUCCAAGCAGAUGUGUGGUUGGUGCAAUGCUCGCAGAGAUGACGAUGCCAAACUUUGGAGCUGCUUCAAGCACAAAGGAUGGAAGUCCAAAGGCAUCAACGACUAUGAAGCCAAUCCUGUGUUCACGCAGCCCCACAUUUUGUAUACUUUCCCAUUCGUGCAAUCGUUGAGUAUAUGCAUUGAUGUGCUGCACUGCAUGGAUCUAGGGGUCCUGGUGAGGUAUGAAGGAUCCGUUUUAAAGCAUCUCAUCUACCACGAGCUGCCGAGCGAUGCCCGAACCAACCUUGACAGAGUCUGGGAGGCAAUUCAAAAUCGAUACGAACCGAAUUGCAAAUCCAGGCUGACGACCCUGACUUUGGCCAUGAUCGUUCCCAAACCGAAACCGCCUCACGCAUCCCACCCAGUAUUGAAGCUCAAGGCGGCUGAGGCAAGGCAUUUCUUGCCCCCGUUGACUAGCUGUUGUGAAGCAUUGGGGCCGAAGACAAAGGUGCAGAAACUGAGGUUGCAAGGUUUGAAGCAGCUGUGUUCGUGGUAUGAACUUUUGGACGAGAUCGAGUUCGUGCCGAACGACGCACAAGCCAGAAAACUGAAGUCUUUGCUGCACGGCUUUUUGAUGGUCAAUGAGGAGCUGUGUGAAUGGGCCAGAGAGCAAGGUUUCAAUAUUUACGAACCAGUACCGAAGAAUCAUUAUUCCUAUCACCUCGCAGAGCUUGCGUCUCACCCAAACGGGUCUGGAGCUACAAGCAAGAGUCUUUCAUGGGGGUGA